AUGGCGUCUCUUUCCUCACUCGCCCUGCUUGCCCUCGCGGGAGGGGUUGCUGCAGCACCCACGAGCUCUUCGGCCUCAGCCGGACCUACUGGACUUUCAUACCCAUCGGGUUUUGAUAUGAAAACCAGCUGGGCACACCUCAGUCCCUAUGUUGAUGCAACUGGUUUCAAUGUUUCAAAGGGCUUUCCCUCAGAGUGUGAAUUGUCUCAGGUGCAUAUUCUUCACCGCCAUGCCCAGCGAUAUCCGACGUACUACCCCUUGGAUGGGGAGGGUAUGGAGAGUUUUGCACAAAAGCUGGUCAAUUACUCUAAGAAACAUCCAGACAAGAAAAUUGGUUCCGGUCCUCUGGCCUUCUUGAAUGACUGGGAGUAUAUCCUUGGCCUGAACACGCUUCUUCCCACAGGUGCCGCCACUGAAGUCACUUCUGGUGCGCUAUUUUGGAGCCAAUACGGCCGGCUGCUAUACCGUGCAGAGGCCGGCGAGGCCGCCUGGAACUCAUCAUUGAACGUGUAUCCAAACGGCACGGCCCGACCGAAGCCAACUUUUCGCACGACCUCAUACCCUCGCAUCCUGGAGAGCGCUCGGUGGUGGCUCAGUGGUUUCUUUGGAAACACGGGAGCCAACAGCUCGUACGCCGAAUAUGAUUUGACGAUUAUCCCCGAGGUCGAUGACUUUAAUAACACCCUGUCAUCGACCAGUUCCUGCACGGAGGGUAUGGAAGCAGGUGAUGCUGCUGGUGGAGCCUUCGCUUCAUCGUCUUUAGUCAAAAACGCCCGUAAGCGAUUUGCGGCGCAUCUACCAGAAGAUCUUGAGCUGGAUACACUUGAUAUCGUGGCAAUGUUCAACAUGUGCCCAUAUGAGUAUGCGACUCUGGGUCAGUCGUCUUUCUGUGCGCUAUUCACUGAACAGGAGUGGCGAGACUUUGAAUACUUCAUCGACCUUCAAUUCUAUGGGCGGUACGGUUUCGGAGCCGCCAGUGGUCGUGCGCAGGGCAUCGGCUAUGUCCAGGAGUUAGCUGCCCGUCUGCAAUCCAGGCUCAUCAUGAGCAGCGAAAGUAGUAUCAACUACACGUACGAUGACAACACGAAGAGUUUCCCGCUCGAUCAGCCAUUGUACAUGGACAUGUCACAUGACGACAUAAUUGUCUCUGUAUUGACAGCCCUGGGUUUGGAUUACUUCAAAGCCGGUUCUCAUGGCCUUCCUGUUUCAGUUGCCCAUGCCCCCCACCGAAACUUCAUUUUGAACCAUAUGACCCCAUUCGGCGCUCGCUUGUUCUCUGAAAUUUGGACAUGUCCCAAGGAUGCCUCGUUGAAACACUUGCAGCCACAAAAGUACAAGAACCCGGAUCUCUCGUCCAAGUCCGAUACCACGGAUUAUAUCCGCCUUGUGCUUAACAAUGCUCCAUUGCCUCUUGAUGGACUAAGUGCAUGCGAUGGCUCGGUGAACGGGUUCUGCAAGGUCGACAAGUUCCUCAGUGCUAUUCCAAAAUUAAACAAAGAGGCGAUGUACCAAGAGGCAUGUUUCGGGGAUUACAACAUCACCGGUCAGGUUGGGAAUGGCCAACCCAUCAAGCCUUGA